GUGACAUUGUAACAGCAGAUCAACCAACCAUGCGUCAAAAGCGGGCGAAGACAUACCGCAAACUAAUGCAUCUGUACUCCAUGUCUUUUGGAUUCAGACAGCCUUACCAGAUUCUCGUAGACUCAGAAAUGUGCCAAAUAGCCAUAGAUGCCAAGCUGGAUCUCAUCAAACAGUUUUCUACAGUACUCCAGGGAAAUGUGAAGCCGAUGAUCACGCAAUGCUGUAUGCACGAGCUGUAUCUCCAAGGAAAGGUGCGGCAACCUGCCGUUGACCUCGCAAAGACGUUUGAACGCCGCAAAUGCAACCAUCGAGAGGCUAUCCCUGGAGAUGAAUGCCUCUCGAGCGUAGUAGGAGACACUAACAAGCACCGGUAUGUUAUCGCCACGCAAUCGCAAUCCCUGCGCAAUGGACUGCGCAUCAUACCCGCGGUACCUGUAGUUCACAUAAAUCGCGCAGUCAUGGUACUCGAGCCACCGAGUGAAGCUACGCUGAAAGCCAAGGAACUGGCUGAGGAGCAAUCCCUUCGUCCGUCCGCCCCAGAGCUUGCGACCGUACCCCGAGAUAAACCAGUGCCAAAGAAGAGGAAGGGUCCAAAGGGGCCCAAUCCUCUGAGCGUCAAGAAGAAAAAGAAUCCAAAUACAGCACCAUCUGCCCGACCUUCGCAAAAAACUAAGGCCGAGUCAUCGGGUGCCCCCUUGAGCAGUGCUGAAUUACCAGGGCAAAAACGGAAACGUGAUUCUCAGGAUGAUAAGCGUGAAGAAAAUAAUGUAGAAAUGACCGAUGCAGCUCAGAGCAAUGCCUCGACCAGGACAAGGAAAAGACGUAGAAAGGCUCCUGCCGCUCCAUCCUCACCAUCGUAGCACAUACUAGUUAUCAUCUUGAUAUAAUUCAUCCAACAAGGUCGACCUCAG